AUGCCUAGUGAGCCAACCCAACCAAGCGACGUAGACCGCGCCAUUGCGUUCGUGAAGCGCUCACGGUCAAGAUACGUGACACAAAACGAGAUCCUCGACAUGAUCAUAGUCAACGUCACUCUGCGCCAAGACAAUGCAACCGCGUCCACUCGCACCACCGCCCGACUCUUGCGCCGCAAUCCACAGCUGGUCCAACAAGUGUGGAAAGAGUUCGUCGAAAAGGGCUCCACCACGACCAAGCCCCAAGCCCCCCGCGACAUGUCUCUCCGAACAAGACUCCCCGUCACGUCGGACCAAUUCGAUACAGAGUCGCAAUCGUCAACGCAAGCUGCCUACCGGCCUUCGCAUGUGCGAAGCUAA